CUGCUGCACCUGUCCCCGCCGUCCCUGCCCCUCCAGUUCUGGAUCAUCCCCAGCAUCCUGGGCAGCUCCAACCUGUACUUCCUGUCAGACGAUGACUGGGAGACCAUCUCUGCCUGGAUCUACGGCCUUGGCCUCUGCGGCCUCUUCGUGGUGUCCACCGUGUUUCACACCAUCUCCUGGAAGAAGAGCCACCUCAGGAUGGUGGAACACUGUCUACAGUUCGACCGGAUAGGUAUCUAUUUCAUAGCGGCUUCCUACGCACCCUGGCUGAACCUUCGGGAGCUGGGCCCCUGGGCCUCCCACAUACGCUGGCUGGUCUGGAUUAUGGCUUCCGUGGGCACCAUCUAUGUCUUCUUCUUCCAUGAGCGGUACAAGCUUGUGGAGCUUCUCUGCUACAUCGUGAUGGGCUUCUUCCCUGCCCUGGUCAUCCUCUCCAUGCCCAACACCGAGGGCAUCUGGGAGCUGGUGACCGGAGGGGUCUUCUACUGCCUGGGCAUGGUCUUCUUCAAGAGUGACGGGAGGAUCCCCUUUGCCCACGCCAUCUGGCAUCUCUUUGUAGCAUUUGGUGCUGGUACCCACUACUAUGCCAUCUGGAGGUACCUCUAUCUGCCCAGCACCCUGCACACCAAGGUGUCCAAAUGAGGUGACCCAGACUCCAGAGGUCACUUGGGCUUUAGGAGUGCAGCACCACAGGAAGCGUUUUUGCCAACGUUAACCCAGAGCACAGCGCGAAGGCCUGUCUUCCCUUCAUUGGGUAGAGUUCUUGAUGGCUCUGAGGUGACUUCUGGUGAUGACCAGAUCGUCCCUCGAGUCCCCAGCGAGAAAGCAAGCAUUUAGCCAUUCUCACAGAGGAGAAAUUAACCCUGUAAUGUGUUUCUAUUUUAGAUGAGUGUUUCCUAAUACAAGCAACAUUAACAUCUUCAGAAAAGGAAGCAGGCGUGGUCCUGGAAAAUUGGGGAAUGACGGGCCAAUCUGUGUUUCAAAGGUCCUGAGGAAUCUGGCAAGGAGUCCUGUGGCUUGUUCAUACCUGGGUGGCCAGGGCCUCCCUCUCUGCUACCAAAGUCCAGGUUGGCGAAUUGUCUCCCGUUCAGGGAAAGGGGACAGCCCAGCUUGUAGAUGAGGGAUGGUGAAUGGCUGUGACCAUGGCAGACAUCACCAAUCAAGUGCAGCACGUGGGUGAUGUCAGAAUUCUUCCCAGCACUGUGUUCUGGGCAGCCAGUACCAAUCAAUUUGGCACUCAUGAUGCGACCUCUUUGCCCUUCCUGUCUGGUGUGCUCUGAAAUGGGAUCAUGGCCAGAGUAGCUGAAAAUCUCCAAAUGGGCAUUUGCAUGCCUAUCUCCUCAUCUCCCCUUCCCUUUUGGGAAGCUCCUGGAGUAGGCAGUUUGGGGGCAGUAGAGGGAAACUGAGGCACACACCCACGCAGCCCCUGAUGUUCUGUUCCACCGUAGUUGGUUCUCAGUACAGUUGGGGAUGAGGAUGCUGUUACUUGGCCAUUUCUUCCCAUCCCCAAAAAUCCACAGACAUUACAAGAGCCAUUCAUUCAUAAGAUGGGGCAAACAGUCCCUGGGCACUUGCUCCCUGUUCCAUACUUAAGGUUUGUGAUACCAACCUUUGGAUUCUGUCUUGGUGCCAAUCAGUGGCUGUUAGAGGCUACUCAGGUGUACCCCAAAAGGAAGGCACAUGGAUCUAGGGAGACUGUUCCAGGUCCCCUCAACCUCUGAAGUGCCCAGUACCCCAACAACAAGGCUUCUGGGGACCUGUUCUUCAGUCCCCAUCAGGGCGGGGCCAGCAUCUUUGUCCAAUGCUGCCUGGACAUUUACUGGGGAGGUGAGUAGCAGGCCCACCUCCAGGAUCUGAAUUGGAAUCUCAGAUUCUCUGGAUAAAGAAUCUGUCUCAAA